AUGCUUUUCUAUGAUAAUGAAUAUGGUAAGAAUGAUGGCGCGUUGCUUGAAUGCAAAUUUUGUGGAAAGCCAAGAUAUAAACCACGUAACACGGGAGCAACUACUACAAAAGAAGUUCCUGUGAANUCAAUGUUCUAUUUGCCAUUAAUUCCUAGACUACAAAGAAUGUAUGCCUCAACACAAACUGCAGGACAUAUGACAUGGCAUUAUCAUAAUAGGUCGACAAAUGGUGAUUUGCGUCAUCCAUGUGAUGGAGAGGCUUGGAAGCACUUUGAUAAAGUAUAUGCUGACUUUGGUAUGGAGCCACGCAAUGUACGACUCGGUUUAUGCUCUAACGGUUUUAACCCAUAUGUACAGGCAUCAAAUAUACCAUAUUCAUGUUGGCCAGUUAUUGUCACCCCUUACAAUCUUCCUCCAGAAAUGUGCAUGUCUAAACCUUACAUGUUCUUGUCAUGUCUCAUUCCCGGGCCAUUCAAUCUAAAGGUUCGCAUAGAUGUGUUCCUAGAGCCCUUGAUAGAUGAAUUGAAGAAGUUGUGGACGGGUGUGAUAACAUAUGAUAUUUCAAGGAAACAAAACUUUAUUUUGAGAGUCAUGUUGAUGUGGACAAUUAAUGACUUUCCUGCUUAUGGUAUGUUGUCCGGCUGGAGCAGUCAUGGUAAACUGGCAUGUCCACAUUGCAUGGAGCAUACAAAGGCUUUUAGAUUAUAUCAUGGGGCAAAAAAUUCCUGGCUUGACUCCCAUCGAAGGUUUUUACCGAAUGACCAUGCCUUUAGGAGGAACAAGAAUGCUUUCAAAAAGGGGGAAGUGGAGAUGGAUGACGCACCACCAUAUGUAACGGGAGAAGAAGUUUGGAAUAGAAUCAACGGUUAUCCUAAAAUAACUGAAAAUGGUGCACCAAGAAUUGAUGGAUACGGUGAGUGGCAUAAUUGGACGAAAAGAAGCAUCUUUUGGGAUCUACCUUAUUGGAAGCAUAAUUUGUUAAGGCAUAAUCUUGAUUUCAUGCACAUUGAAAAAAAUUUCUUUGACAACAUCUUUAAUACUGUGAUGAAUGUUGCGGGCAAGACAAAAGACAAUGCCAAGGCCCAAAUGGAUUUAGCUUUGUAUUGUAGACGAAAAGAUUUGGAGCUAAAAAGCCAUAUCAAUGGAAACAUGUACAAGCCACAAGCAAAUUAUACACUUUCUUCAGACCAAACAAAACAAGUCUGCCAUUGGGUCAAAGAUCUUAGGAUGCCUGACGGAUAUUCUUCUAACUUGUCAAGGUGUGUUGAUGUUAAUAGGGGAAAGUUCAUUAGGAUGAAAAGCCAUGACUGUCAUGUGUUUAUGGAAUGCUUAGUUCCUAUAGCGUUUAGUUCUUUACCGGCUCAUGUUCUUAAUCCCAUUAUAGAGAUAAGUCAUUUCUUCAGAGAUUUGUGUUCUACGACAUUGAACGAGGAUGACUUGGUGAAGAUGGAAGAAAAUAUUCCCUUCAUUCUGUGUAAGAUGGAGAGAAUAUUUCCUCCCUCAUUCUUUGAUUGUAUGGAACAUCUCCCUAUCCAUCUUCCAUAUGAGGCAAGACUUGGUGGACCAGUCCACUAUAGGUGGAUGUACCCUUUUGAAAGGUUCAUGGGAUAUGCUAAAUGUUCAGUUAAGAAUAAAGCUAGGGUUGAAGGAUCUAUUUGCGCAUCAUACUUGCAUAGAGAGACAACUAAUUUUUGUUCCCAUUAUUUCAAAAACUUCAUGUUAACACCACAAAGCAGUAGAAAUGAAGUAGACACUGAAACAGAAAGCCGUACUGCAACAUUAUCAGUGUUUGUCCAGCCUGGUCGUCAUUCUGGGAGGGAAUCAACUCAUUGGUUAAGUGAUCAAGAAUUGAGAUCAGCUCAUGUUCAUGUUUUGAUCAAUUGCAAUGAAGUUCAACCUUACCUUGAAUCUGAGACUGCAUCUGUUGGUGCCUCAGCAUCUAGUCCUCUAGACCCUGCAGAGGAGGAGAGAUUGAGAAACCAAUGUUGGUUAGAUGCUGCUGGUGGAAGAUACAAGGGACGUGUAUAUGGCAUUGGAAAUGUCAGUUCCCAAAAUGACUGUGUGGAUAGUUAUAUCCGACAGACACAGGCAUCUUCUUCCAUUCAGCAUCCAAAUUGA